AUGGUCCGUCACAACGGUCCCGCUUAUCUCGACCACCAUCAAGAGAGUCACGUGAACGACUUUACCAGCUCUUUGCUUGAAAAUGGGUACAUAACGAUGGAAGUAAGACUCUCGGAAACCAUUUGCCUAGUCCCAGCCAACAUGGGUCAAUCGAGCCUGGCCUGUAGCCUGCUCAUUCUGCUGACAAUUUUCGCACAUCUUUAUAUCUCUCCAUUCACUAAAGUUGAAGAGAGCUUUACGAUCCAAGCCGUGCACGACAUUUUGAAUUAUGGAGUAUUAGAUAUCUCCGAGUAUGACCAUUUACAAUACCCUGGUGUUGUUCCCAGAAGUUUUGUUGGUCCAUUGAUACUGUCAGCAAUAUCAGUGCUCCCUUUGAAAGUUCUGAGGAUCUUCAAUUCAAGUUUCUCACCAUCUAAUUUGGAUACUCAGUUCUUGGUACGCUCAAUCAUCGGCCUAACAAACGGGCUAGGAUUGAUCUACCUCAAGAAUCAGGCUCAAAAACUACUAGAUCGUCGUGCGCAAGAGUCGCACUUCAAAAAACAUGACGGGAACGAAGCUGAUAAGCCAAAAAAUAGCCAUAUUGGUCUCUUUUUUUGCAUUUUCUGUGUUUCUCAGUUCCAUCUCAUGUACUACAGCUCACGUCCCCUGCCUAACUUUGUCAUUGUACUGCCCUUGGUCAAUUUUGCUCUUGGCCUCGUUUUAAAUGGCAAGAAGCCUCACUUUGCCAUUUCACUACUAGCGUUUUGCAGUAUAGUUUUCCGUCUGGAGCUGAUUGGGCUAACUGCAGGCCUUGCGUUGUCACUCCUGUCCACUAGGCGCAUUUCCUUGUCGAAAACAGUCAUGUUCGGGUCACUGGGUGCCAUGCUGGGCGCGACGGUAUCUCUCUAUGUCGAUUCCUAUUUCUGGCAGAACUGGACCCUACCUGAAUUAGACGCUUUCCUAUUUAAUGUUGUUGAGGGAGAGUCCGUCAAAUGGGGGACGAUGCCCUUCCACGCUUACCUCACGAACUCUUUGCCAAUGAUAUUUAUACCGCCAACAGUUCUUCUUCUCAAUUUCGUGGGGUUCCGUGUUGCACCCAAAGAGCUCAAAAUCAUAGCACAAGCUGCGUACUUCCACAUCUUCAUAUUAGCCUUUCAGCCUCACAAGGAAUGGAGAUUUAUUGUUUACGCUGUCCCAGUUAUCACUUUGGUGGCUAGCUGUGGUGCUUCGCACAUCUUUACAGCUCAAAAAGGUAGCUUCGUACUCAAAUUGAUUAUCGCGGCAUCUCCCCUGCUGUCACUUGCAGUAUCGGUUGCAUUUGCGCUAGUAUCAUCCCUAAACUACCCCGGCGGCCAUGCUCUGAGUCAGUUCAAUCAAUAUGUUAUAUCAAACAACAUCAAAGAUGCCACUGUCCACAUGGAUGUCCCAGCAUGUAUGACCGGAAUUACUUUAUUUGGCGAACUUGACGAAGAGUUCAAUAUUAGCUAUGACAAAACCGAAACUCUGUCCGCGCAAAGGAUGGCAUGGCCCUCGUUCGACUACCUCAUCACGGCCAUCGCAGAUCCGCAGCAUUUUGCUUCUCCUGGUGGAAAUUCUUGGGAACUGAUUUUCUCCACGAAAGCCUUUUCUGGGAUCAACAUCCCGUUCUUUCAGCAGCUUGUCAAAAACGAGAUGGAGAACAAGUUCCAAUUGGCACGCGAAAUCUUGCAUCAACGAAGUCUUUACCCACUCACUUCAGCAGUGGAAGGUAAUAUCACCAGUGAUGUUUUGUUUACGUUCCGCAGAAAGAGCUCGAGUUCCGACAAUUAA